ACUCGGUCUUGUAUUGUGUUCAUUUUGGGUAAAAGUCUUCAUUGUUUGACUGUGUUCCUGUACACCAACGUUUACUGUUUCAGAGCGGCUUCAUGAUGGCCACCACCGGACUCUCAUUACGAAGCUCUUUGGUUGCUUUACUGCUUUUUUCGUUCCGUUUUGUCAAAGGAGACAUCAGCUAUUCUUUUCCGGAGGAGAUGAAACGCGGAUCCGUGAUCGGAAAUGUCGCCAAAGACUUGGGUCUUGAAACAAGCAGACUAUCCGCUCGAAAGGCCCGGAUUGAUACCGAUGGAAGCGACAAACGUUAUUGUGACUUAAACCUCCGUAACGGGGAUCUGACUGUUGCCGAGAGGAUUGACAGAGAAGGCCUUUGUGGAGACAAAGCAUCGUGCGUUUUGAAACAAGAGCUUAUGUUAGAGAGUCCAUUAGAAUUGCAUCGAAUUAGUCUGCAUGUCCAGGAUAUAAAUGAUAACUCUCCCCAAUUUAAUAAAGAAUCGAUCCAUAUAGAUAUUCGUGAAUCCGCGAUGAAAGGUGCUCGUUUUCCAAUCGAAGAAGCACAUGAUGCAGAUAUAGGUAAAUACUCAGUUCAGACAUACAAUCUUCAGAGGAAUGAUCAUUUUAUUUUGGGCGUUGGAACUAAUUCUGUGGAACUCGUCCUGAACAAAGAGCUUGACCGCGAAAAUUUACAGGAAAUCAAUCUAGUCCUCACAGCUCUGGAUGGUGGCUCUCCUCAAAGGUCAGGUACCGUAGUCAUUCACGUCACUGUGCUGGAUGCUAAUGAUAAUGUGCCAGUGUUCAGCCAGACUGUUUAUAAGGCCAGUCUACCAGAAAACUCCCCAUUAGAUACUGUCGUGCUGACUGUGAGUGCUACUGAUGCAGACGAGGGCAUAAAUGGAGAGGUUACAUAUGAUUUUGGGCACAUUUCAGAUGAUGUCAAGUCAAUGUUUACGAUAGAUCCUAAGACAGGUAACAUAAAAUUGAAGACCACGGUGGAUUUUGAAACGACGUCAUCGUUUGAACUGCGUGUCACAGCAAAAGAUGGUUUAGGACUAACCUCGUAUGCCAAAGUCAUCAUAGAUGUCACUGAUAUAAAUGACAACGCACCAGUUAUAUAUUUGAAGUCACUGACUAACCCAAUACCUGAGAACGUGUCACCUGGUACAGAGGUGGGCAUCAUUAACGUGCAGGACAGAGACUCUGAGAAUAAUCGACAGGUCCGCUGCUCCAUUCAGCAAAACGUCCCUUUUAAGUUGGUUCCUUCAAUUAAAAACUAUUAUUCUCUGGUGACCACAGGACAACUGGACCGUGAACUAGUGUCUGAUUACAACAUUACAAUCAGUGCCACUGACGAGGGCUCUCCACCUCUGUCCUCCUCUAAAACUGUUCAGUUAUCUGUAGCAGACAUCAACGACAACCCACCUGUGUUUGAGGAACAGUCCUACAGCGCAUAUGUGACUGAAAAUAACAAACCUGGCUCCACUUUAUGUUCCGUUACUGCUCGAGACCCCGACUGGAGACAAAACGGUACAGUGAUUUAUUCUCUGUUAUCCGGUGAGGUGAACGGUGCCCCGGUGUCCUCCUAUCUAUCUGUUAACGGAGACACGGGGGUGAUCCACGCUGUGAGGUCGUUUGAUUAUGAACAGUUCAGGAGUUUUAAAGUCCACGUGAUGGCCAGAGACAACGGUUCUCCUCCGCUCAGCAGCAACGUGACCGUCAGUGUCUUCAUAUCGGAUGUGAAUGACAACUCUCCUCAGAUACUGUACCCCGCCCCGGAGGGCAACUCGUUCAUGACCGAGCUGGUCCCCAAAGCUGCACACGGAGGCUCUCUGGUGUCCAAAGUGAUAGCGGUGGACGCGGACUCCGGACAGAACGCCUGGCUGUCCUAUCAUAUAGUGAAAUCCACUGAUCCGGGACUUUUCACUAUUGGUCUCCACAGCGGAGAGAUCAGGACACAGCGGGACAUUUCUGAAUCUGACAGCAUGAAGCAGAACCUUAUUGUGGCAGUGAAAGAUAACGGACAGCCCUCUCUCUCUGCCACGUGUUCCAUGUAUUUACUUAUUUCUGAUAACUUGGCUGAGGUGCCAGAACUGAAGGAUAUUUCUUACGAUGAGAAGAAUUCCAAACUGACCUCUUAUCUGAUCAUCGCGCUGGUGUCUGUGUCCACCUUUUUUCUGACCUUCAUUAUCAUCAUCCUGGGUGUGAGGUUUUGUCGCAGGAGAAAGCCCAGACUGUUGUUUGAUGGAGCAGUGGCCAUCCCCAGCGCUUAUCUCCCUCCUAAUUACGCAGAUGUUGACGGCACAGGAACUUUACGCAGCGCUUACAACUAUGACGCAUACCUGACAACAGGUUCUAGAACCAGUGACUUUAAGUUUGUGACAUCUUACAAUGACAACACACUUCCUGCUGACCAGACUCUGAAGAAAAGUCCAUCUGACUUUGCCGAUGCGUUUGGAGACUGUGAUGACUCCCUUGAGGUAGGAACGUAUCACAUGACGGUUGUUUAGUUUGCAUCCUCAU